AUGUUGCUUGGGGGUGACAUUGGCGAGAGCACGGAGGGGACACAGCUUGAGUUUAGUAUCCGGGACAUUGAUUUGGAUCAACACACAGCUGUGCUAUCUAAGUUGAACGUCUGGUUGAAUCAUAACGGUAAAGCUUCCGCACAAGGGGUCCAAUUAAGGAAAAGGAAGAGGAUCAUUCCGAAGUGGAAGAUCAUUGAAGCCAGUGAAUUGGUUCCAACAACUGGGGCACGUUUAAGGGGAUUGAAGAUGUUAGACCCAAUGAAGGCGAUUCCCCAUGAUGAUCUAGUGAAUUUGCUGAAACUUUGUUGGGAAUGGCGCCAGGACCCAAACUUGGUGAUGCAAUUUGGAAACGUGGAAGUUGAGAUUGAAUUCUUGGCUUCCCUCGUGAAAGCUGAUGGAUGGCUGAAGGGAGAUCACCUUGAUUUGGGGUUGUAUCUCAUGCGGAAGAGACAACAACAGUUGGAGGAAGUUGAAAUAGCUGACUGGACAACGACCGAUGUUUUUUUUAUGAAUCACAUAAGUACUUGCUUUUCGGAGAAUAAAAGGAAAAAACAGCAGGUUGGGUGGAAAAUCAGAAAAAGUUUACUAAACGUUGUAAAUGGGAAGGUUCCUCCGUGUGGGAUGGAUUGGCAGAACGUCUAUAAGGUGUAUACCCCAUUUAUGUUGACGAAGCACAAGCAUUGGGUGGCUGUAAUGAUUGAUCUGGUAUUGUGUGAAAUCAAAGUGUACGAUUCAAAGGUUUCACUAAUUCCAGAUGACAUCGUAAAGGAAGAACUCGCCCCGCUAUCAAUUACGCUUCCAAAUCUUCUCAACACCAUCGACUUUUAUGAAGAAGGUGUUUAUGCAAACAAUUGCAGCCGAGAUUGGUGGUGUCCGUGGCCAAUAGAGAGUGUGGAUGUUCCACAACAGUCUAAUGAAGGCGAUUGUGGCAUGUUUGUGUUAAAGUACAUUGAGCUUUUCAGCGCUAAGCUUCCCUUAGCUACUUGCACCUCUCAGAACAUGCCUUUUUUUCGGUUGAAAUUGGCUGCGAAGAUAACAAGGGGAGAUGCUUACUUCCCAUGAUAUUGGUUGAAGAUGACAAAUGGUACAUCACAAUGUUUUGGGAAUGUCCUUUCUCAAAGUAAUGUAAAUACACAAUAUUCUCGUACGGGUCCUUUUCGAAUUGUACCGCUAACUCCUCCAUGACAUUUACAUGUUUGUUAACCAAACUGCAUUGAAUUGGAAUUUGAAGACUGCAUAUGUGA